AAUCGGAAAACCAAUUUGGGGGAGGGAGCAGUUGUAUCUAUUCCCAAUUUAGAAAUUUCUCUGUAACCCUAAAUCGAUUUACGGAAUCUGAGGUACAGAUUAUUUAAUGCUUGAAAAUACCUUUCGAAUGAUAAUUUGGGGUAGAACUGUUGAAUCAAGAUUUUGGGGAUCGAGGCAUAAAUCACAUCCCUGAUCCCCACCCAUCGGACCCAUACGCAGAAACGUACUGGAAUCUCCUCAAUUUAGGAACUAGAAGACAGAGUGAUCCGUUUUUGAGGAAUCGAUGGUCUAGGGUUUCGUUUUUCAACGAAUCCCGAAACCAGAAUCUCCUCUUUCUUCGUCAACCUCCGUAGCGACGAUGGAUUCUUCAUCCUUUUCAAAUCGGCUCGACAUAUUCGAGAUUUACCGGCGCUAUUGCGAAAUCACAUCAGAGGCAUAUGCUUUUGGAGAAGAUGGUUACAGACCAUUCAAUGAGUCAAAGAAAUCCAAACUAUACAGAGAUGCAUUAUCCCAGCUCCUACAACUAGUUGAGUCAAGAGUGGACAAAAGAAUGCCAAUACUUGAAGAAAUUCCUAUGCUCAUGUCAAGGCUUGAUUUGAUGGUAGACUCAUGUGAAUUCUCACGUUUCUAUAACUUUAUGUUCUUCAUAUGCCGAGAAAAUGGUCAAAGAAGCAUAACUGUAAGCAGAGCAAUCAUUGCAUGGAAAUUAGUUUUAUCCGGAAGGUUCCGACUACUCAAUCAAUGGUGCAGUUUUGUUGAGAAAAAUCAGAGGCACAAUAUCUCAGAGGACACAUGGCGACAAGUUUUGGCAUUUAGCCGAUGUGUACAUGAAAAUCUUGAAGGAUAUGAUCCUGAAGGAGCUUGGCCUGUUUUGAUUGAUGAGUUUGUGGAGCAUAUGUAUAUCAUAAAUGGAUCGGAAGAUGCUCGUAGUUUCUCUUGCAAUUGUGGUGACUUAGAAACCGAACCAAUUGUUGAUUCUCUCCCUGGAUUGAAAAUUCUUCCUGGGGUGAAGAGGAAAUUGGGUGAGGAAGAAUUUAGGGAUUCAAAUACAAUUAUGAAUUCAAAAAGAAGGCAAACUGAUUUUCGGGAGGGAUAUGGAAUGAGUAGUAGCCCAUCGUGUGCUGUGGAGGGCAGCCUUUCAAAAGGUUUUGCAGAACUUUUCUCUGGUCUUUCUUGUUUGCAAUUUGAUCGUGAAACGAGGGUUCCAUUUACAUUAUAAUUGCUUUUUUUUUUUUUUUUUUUUUUUUUUUUUUUUUUUUUUGUGUGUGUGUUUUAGUUGUGUGUGUCUGUGUGUGUGAAUUCAUAUAUAUUUCGUGCGUAUCCCCAUUUUUUUUUUUUUUUCUUGGUUUCUUUUUGGGGGUAGGCGAUUGUUUAUAGUGUAUUGUGUGAUUGAUAAAUGGAAUAAGAAAAUCACACCGUUUAUGUGGUAA